GUUCGUCUAUGAUCAUUCUUACUUCGACAUGCAAGAUUCAAGCACCAGCAUCAUAUGCGAAUUCGACUACAACUCGAACGCGCCCAACACUUACACUGUUGUUUGCACCGCCCUCAUAGUGUUGUUCACCUUCCUUCUUGAAUAUGUUGCACAUAGCCACCUGGACUGCUGCAACAUGAUCAACGAUGACGACGACAACAACACACUCAACACAUCUCUAAACACCAGAUCACAUGAGGUAUUGUCACCGACAAUUGUAGACGAGCAACCACGUCCAAGGAUAGCACCUCAAGACGACGAACCUCAAGUCGCCACAUCUCAACCGAUUGCGAGCGAUCAGGUUCCUAAGUCAGCACAAAAGAAGCCACCACCCCUGUCGGACUGCUGCACCUGCUGCCUACCCUAUCCCUCACCGAACAUCCGCGCGAAUCGUCUCAUAGUGGCCGUCUUUCUCUAUGCGGUCACCUUGACUGCUUUCAUCGUACGCAUACACGACAUUAACCAUCCCUAUAUCCGUCCCGAGUGCCAGGGUUACGUUUGGAAGGGUCAGGGCAGCAUCCCAGAACCAAACUGGUGGGCAGUGGCGCUACUCAAUAUUCUACCAUUUAUCGCUGCAAGCUUCAAUCUCGUACGAACGGUUGUUGACUGUUUUCUCGUGCGGUGGGGACAAGCCUUAGUGUAUGACGGGGGCAUCAGUGGGACAUGUACGUGGCCGCCAUGCAUUCCUCUCUUCCUGGUAUAUGUUGUUAUCAAAGGAGUAUUCGCGUGGCCGAUCGCUUGGAUGAUGGGUCGACCGAUGAGCAGUGUAUGGUUGGCGUCUAAGGCCCAGACAAGGAGAAGAGAUGAUAUUGAGAUGCAGGGUGAUGAAACGAGAAGGCUGGUCGACGAUGUAGAUGGAGAGGGAGAGGAAGGAGAAGGAAGCACAGACGGGCCACCUGCCUAUAAUGUAGCAGUACAUCAUCAAACACCACAAGGGCAAGGAGAGGUGAGCAAGGGAGGCGCAACGAUGGCUUGAUCGCAUCAAUACUUUAUUCGGAGCCUCAAAGGGCGUUCGAAGGGUUGUUGUGUUAACUAGCAGGUGGGUGAUGCAAAUACGCCUGAGAGACGACGUUUGAAGCAUUUAUCGCUGCCUUCUGUUGCGGCAAGGGGCCGCUGGUAGGAUACGAUGGAACACUACGCUGAACUGUUAUCUAGUUAGGAGAAGACGACUAUAUACCUGACCUAAAACAUGCUAGUCCAGGAUAGUCUGAUGUGUGCAAUUUCAGGCCUACCGACCUACUGAUACCGUAACACCUCAUCUCUUUCAAAAGUUUGAUCCGUCAGACCAGAAGAGCAUGGCUGUUGAGCGAUAAGAAUCGAAGAAUUCUAGGUGAAUCGAUU